GCUGUUUCUCUUAUUUUUUUCCUAUUACAAGAAAAAUUUUGAUAUGCCAUUUUUGGUUGUCUAAUUAUCGUUGUUGGUUAUGUCAUGUGUUUAAAAGGAACUGCUGUCUUGACUACUGCCACAAUCUUCCAUACCUGCUGACUGGAAAGGUUGAUAUAUAAGGUGACUGUGCUGUUGAGUGGAACUGCUAUCUGAAGUGUUUAAAAUUCUGUAUACCAGGAAGGAUAACAAGGUGUUUGUUUAUCGCUAUCAGGUAACAAUGUCGAGGACCUAUUUGCCUAUUAGCCAAAUCACUGAUGAGACGCGGAACUGGACUGCGCUUAUUCAAGUAGUUGAGAGGGCACCUAUUCAAACAAGCAAAAGUGAUUCACACGUGCCCUAUCGAAGAUACUUAUUCACAGAUGGAGAGGGUACCAAAGUAGCUGCUGUAGUCUACAAAGCAGCCAUAGAAGAGUUCGAUGGUCUGUUACUUCCCUACAAGCGAUACUACCUUACUGGAGCAAAAGUGCGACCAGAAACCCCGCUGUACCAGGUUGGCCCUUAUGAAUUUAAUUGGCUCCUGCAUAAAAAAACUUUGGUAGAGGAGUUCCAGGAAGAAAUGCCCCCUCAGUUGCCAUGCCAGAUUGAAAUUCAUACGUUUGCAGACUUGCACAAAUACGCAGAUACAGAGAACCCCAGAAACCUGCUUGGUGUUGUUGUGCAUGCUUUUCCGGUCAAAAGCGUGGGACAAAAAAAUACGGCCCGAGAGUUGGUGAUUAUUAAUGAAGAGGAAAAGCCUGUCCUUUUGACUCUUUGGAAUCAAUUUGAAACGGAAGAUGAUGUUGGUCAACACUUGGCCAAUACAGUACUAGCUGGGAACAUCAUUUUGUCCAUGAGGAUAAGGGUUACGACGUUCAAUGGGCUGUCGUUAUCAACUAAAACUGGAACUUGCUUAAUGAUAAAUCCACCAAUAGUAGCUGCUGACAGAUUGAAGCAAUGGUACGCUGACAACAAAGCAACUGUUAUGAAGCUUGUGGAGGAAGGCAUGUAUAAGGACACAGACAAGUUGUUUCCAUACCCAUCUUCCAGUGAGAUAGUCACCGUUCAACGCGCAAUUGCUUCCAUCAGAUACACUAAAACUUGUUGGGUUGCUGGCUAUCUGAAAUAUUUGGGAGACAACAGAUCUUUGUGGACAGCUACUUGCAAUAAUUGUCGCAAAAAUUAUAAUGUGCCUCCAAAUACGCCUGUCAAAUGUCGAAGUUGCAAAGAAGAUACCCUUGUUGAAGCAAGGUGCCGGUUACCGAUUGCAAUUGAAGAUGAGACAGGAAACAUACAUGCAAUGUUGUAUGAUUCAGAUGCUGAACAAGUGAUUCCAUUUAAUGGGACCGACUUAUAUCAAGCUGAACAACAGAAAGUGGAUUUGACUGCUCAGAUUGCAGCAGCAAUGAGCGGACGUCGUGUGGUUUGCUUCAUCAAACACUAUGAAUCAACUCACCAUACUGUCCUGAAGCUCUAUACAAUUGAUGGCGUGCGAACAGACAAAAAUCUGCUUCAGCCUAGAGAGCUAGCAAAGGAAGAGUCAGACUCAGCUUCAACCAAGAUAACGGACAAAGAACUCUUCAGUCCAACACUAAAAAAUGUUCUUGACUCCCUCACUCCAGCACGUGAAAAGCCUACAACAAUUGUAGGUUCGGGAUCCACGGCAAAAAAACGCAUCACCUUUGACAGUCAUCAAUCCUCCACCUCAGGAACCACUAUCCCAUCCACCAACAUUCCUGAAUCAUCCGCCCAGCAAACUCAGCAACCCAGUAAGAUAUGUGAUGCAAGUCCGACAAAGAAAAGUCGGCCAAAAAUGGAUUAGCUCCUGUAUGAUUGCAUAUUACCACUUUUGGGGAACACAGAUUCUAUGGACUGUAUCUUUUGUAUCUUGUAUCUAUAUUGCCAACUGUUACAGCAAUCUAUUCGCAUAUAGAUGUAGCUGCAUUUUGUACCUUCUUCAUGGCAUAUAUGCCGAACAAACUAAACUUUUGUGUUUAGCAAUUGUAUUGCCUAGAAUUGUAAGCAUCUGUUUACAUAUAGAUGCUUUUUAAUUCUACUGCAAACUUGAUGCUCAUUAUUCUUAUUUUGAUGAUUAUAUGUUAUGUAUUAGUGUUUCGCUAAAGUAAUAGUAGUUCCUUUAUUCUGCUUACCUGUACACAUAUUCAUGAACAUCAAAUUUUUAUCUUCCUUGGGCCGGCUGUGCAUUG